CAAGAUACCACGGGAAGCUAGAGUUCUGCUGUGCUGGUUUACUGUGUUGCCAUCAUCACGCUUUUUUCUGUUCCGUCCUCUAACGUUCGCCGAUACCUAACAAACACAUUGUGGGACCAUUCUAUGAGAAGCGACUAUGACUUAAGAACGAUUGUAGGUUCGCUCUAUUGACUAACAGUUAAAAUGCGCUUGACCGUUAUUGCUGGCACGUAUCCGUGCUAAUCCAUCGUCGUGUCGUGCUACGGUGAAAUGAACGUGAACUGUCGCGUGCAUCGCUGUUCGGAUUCUGUAUGCUUGUGUCGUGACUAAUAUUAACAAUACCCGAUAACCGAUGUGCUAGUAUAUUAGCUCAGAGUGAAGAUUCAUCUACGGCGCCAUGGGCUACCGCUCAGGAUCGAGACAUCUAGCAGGAGUCACAACGCUGAGCGUACUAUUCCUUUGUGGCUGGAUGAAUACAACCGGCGCGGUACCAGCCCGAGUGCACAAAGAUGUCGGCACCAUUGGAAUCAUCGUUGAGGAUCAGGAUCUUGCGAAACAUUUCCUCUAUAUCGCAUCUAAAUUAGUCGACUCGAACCUCAAGGCUGUCUCCAAAGUCAUUCAGAAUGACGACAUUCUCGAAGCCAUCCAAAGCAUGUGCGCGUUAAUGGAAUCAGAUGUAAACGUCGUUUUUGGGCCAACGUCACCAGUGAGCUCUCUUCAUGUCUCAUCUAUGGCUCGCCAUUUUGAUCUUCCUCAUAUUGAGUUUCGUUGGGAUCCGUCCCUGAUUGAUGACGAACACUCGCUGAACUUAUUCCCUGAUCCCGUACAGAUUGCUGAGGCUCAAACAGCCCUUAUGGAGUACUGGAAAUGGAGGGAUAUCGCCCUGAUAUACGAAAGUGAUGACGAAGAAUGUGUACUUCGUCGAUUUGCAGAUAUCAUCGAAAUGCGUCGACUGCUUCAAGAGCUUCAAGAAGACGGGAUUACCGUGAAUUAUUUCAAGAAGGAUAAAGGCGAAACGUUCCGGACGCUUUUACGCCAGAUUAAGGAGCGCGACAUACGAAAUGUUGUCGUCGAUCUGGAGCAAAAAGCCGAGCGGGAAAAGGACAAAGAAGGGAAAAUCGAAUCUUUUCUCAAACAGGCCAUGCAAGUGGCCAUGCUUAAUGAGAACUACAACUACUUCUUCCUUUCGCUAGAUUUUCAUGUGGCCAAGUUGAACGACUUCAUGCAUUCACGUGCCAAUAUUACAGCUCUGCGCCUCGUCGACAUGAAGCAUCAUAUUGCCGAUGACCUCUUGCGGGGCCAAGAUAGCCCUCAGGACAAUAAGAAAGGCUCAGCGUCCGGACGUCACAACCAGCAGAAGGCCGCAAUGGCGCGCGCCAGACGGGACCGUAAUGAUCGCCGUCUUCUGAAGCGCGAUGAACAUAAUGGUGAAGCUGAUGAAGAGGAAGAAGCCGAUGAGGACGCCAGUUUCCCACCAGGCCUUGAGACGGAGGUCGCGUUGAUAUACGAUGCAAUUAUGCUGUUUAAGCUUGGAGUUAAAGAUCUUGUCAACAAAAAAAGUUCGUACACAAAAGCUCUACCCACGGCUAAAUGUAACGGUCGGAAGUCCCUCGACAGCGAACAUCUGGGGACCGAGCUCACCAAGACCAUGUUAAGGCGCACGUUCGAAGGAGCAACGGGCCGUGUGAACUUUAACGAGAAGGGUAUCAGAGAAGACUUUGUGCUUUUCGUUACUGAACUCGGAACUGACGGACUUGAGGAGGUACUAAACAAGUAUUGCAUAUCCUUCUUCUGGUAUUGUCGAAAAGACGGACAGAUUGGCAUCUGGUCGAAGUCUAGCGGACUAAAUAUUACGAAUGAUGAAAAUGAAUUUGAAUUGAGCAAGGAAGAAAAAACGAAGAUCGACGAUAUACAUCUUCGGAUUGUCACAGUGAUGAUUCCUCCAUGGAUAAUGAAGGACGAGAAGCUAUCGACAGAGGACCGUCCGAGAUACAAAGGCUUUCUGAUUGAUCUACUGGAGGAUAUGAAAAAGAGGUCGCCACGACCGCUGGAUUAUGAGCUGUAUACUUCCCCCGACGGAAGUUAUGGGGUUGAGACACGCUAUGAGAACGGCACUAUCACGUGGAAUGGUAUGAUUGGAGAGCUUGUCAAAGAGCUCCAUAUCGAUGGAACUCCACUAUUGUUGGAAAGCAAUGAAAAUCAGCUCCCGGCACCGGCGUCUGUAAAUAGGUGUCAUAAAGCUAACGUGGCGAUUGCCGACCUGAUUGUCUCGGAUGAGCGCCUGCGGGCUGUCGAUUUCACCCUGCCGUUUAUGACGGCCCAACUUGUGGCCGUUGUCAAAGCCCCCGUCCCACGAAAGCCAGGAGGGGUUUGGUCUUUCUUUUUGCCACUAACUAGAGAGGUGUGGAUGUAUACGGUGGUCGCUGGACUCCUGACCGCACUGAUCAUGUACAUGUGCGCACGUUUCUGCCUGUCGGAGUACGUGAAUACGGGCGAUGGCGUAAACGGGCCGGCGGAAGAAGUAGAUAACCAACUGGGCAUUGUUAGCUGCUUACUGUUUGUGUUUACGACGUUAUUACAUCAAAGAAUGCACCUCGAUCCAAACGCCACCGCAACUCGUGUUCUCGCUGGGUUCUGGUAUUUCUUCACUUUUGUCAUUCUCGCCAUCAUAGUAGGAAACCUUUGUGAAAGUGUCCUUUAUGAGGAUGAAGACUUCUCGAAGCUGGAAACGAUACAAGGGUUACUUCGCAUACGCGGAAUGAAAUUCACGUGUAUUGAGCAUGGAGCAACCUGCCGAACACUCAUGACAUCGCAUGCACCUGUUCUUUGGGAAAUCAACAAACGAAUGUUCAAAGAUGAAACACCCAAAGUCAAAAACAUGACCCAUGCCCUAGCCAAGAUAUCCCAAGAUGAACAUCUAGCUUUCAUUAUGGAAUACGCCUCAGCUAAAUAUCUGGUGGCUUCCUCUUGCGAUCUCGUUAUGACAAAACCUUUUGCCAAUCAUGCCUCGUAUGGUAUUGCCUUAAAUAAAAAGAAUCCCGGCAAGACAAACCGCCUUUUAUCUGAAAUCGUACUUAACCUACAAGCUAAAGGCAUUCUUCAGGAACGUGAAGAGCGAUGGUGGAAGACCAAAAGAUUUUGCGAUGUAGAUAACGACGGUGACUUUGACGACGUCGAUGAUGGUGAUGACGACAGCAUCAAUGAGCAGAAGGUCGAACUCAGAACCCUCUCGCCAGGGGACCUUUCAGGUGCUUUUAUUCUACUCUUUUUGGGUCUUUGUUUCGCAUUGCUAAUCAACAUUGGAGAAGUCAUCGUCGAACAUCUCACCCGAGAAAAACGAGACACGUACUUCAACAUGAUCACUGUUGUCGAUCACAUUCGAUUUGCAUUCAAAAUGCAAACAAAUCAAGUUGACCUGUCGGAGACAUCUCUGCCGAGGAAUCACUGGAAGGAUCAACUACAAAAAAGACGCGAAAAUCGUACGAGAGAAAAUGGCCAGAAAUCUAACGACCCCACGUCUCCCCGGAAAACGGAUUCACUGAGCUCGAAGAUUCCGCAAUAUCAAUGAGAAGUAAACGCUUUAUACAUAAACGAUUAUAUUCUCAUACGGCACACAGCACACAUUGCAAAAUUCUGCGUGACUUUUGUUAUCGCUCAUUAACGAAACAAAUUCAUUGCUUUAAGAUAACGUUGGUCUUCUUAGCUACAAACCAGCUAAUCCACGAGCUCGUUUGUACCGGACAUUAAACCGACUAUUAUUAGACAGACAAUCAAUAAAACACAUUAAGUUUUGUGCCCGAAAUCCUGAAUCGAGCAGAAAAUUUAAAUAAAUCAAAUAUUUGUUUCUAACGAACUAAACAAUAGAGCGAGUAAUUUCCUAUAUUAGCCCAUAAAUGCAAUAACAGGCACUACCUACAAGCACGAACCCGCUGCAUCCAAUCCAGAGACCUUGAUUUUCGUUAUUAACAAGUUCUCGACACGCUAAAGACACAUAAUUCUUAAAAAUAAUUGCGCGCUGUAAACAAGUACACAGAUAACUUUUUGGCGCCGCGGUAACAGAACUAGUGGCGCAAGUUUAGAGCUGGCUGCUACCAAUAAAUGAUGUUCUCAAUGGUUUUCAAACGAUUCUGACGAUAUUAAAUCGAUUUUGAUCAGUAUGUAUAGAAUAUUAAUAAAAUGCACCAUUUACAUUGUGUAGAUGUUUGCUUAAAACAAAAAAUCGUUUUUCAAUUAUCAUUACAAAAAAUUAAAAGCUCCCACUAUAGUUAACACUAAAUGGCCAUCGAAUAUUUCAACACAACUUUUACCUUUGUUUUUAAUUAAAUUUUUUUUAAUUUUGAUAAGUGUCAAAUCUAUUCAUGCAUGGUAAAUCGAUGUAUUGUAAGAUCUAUUGCAAACGCCGUAUAUACUAUUUGUGUUUCUAGUUUUUAGUGUGACAAAACAAAUUGAUUUUCACCUAAAAGUUAAUAAAAUUUUACUGUUCAAGAAAAUAACGUACCUGUUCUACGUUUUAAUAAAUGCGUUUUGUGCGGUGAA